AGUAGAGUUAAGUCGUUUGUGUGGUGUGGUAGUGCCAAUUAAAUUUUGACAUUCUGAACGCGUGUUUAUAUUUGUUAUUUCAUUAUAAAUUAAAUAAUUAUUAUUUUGUUUCUAAUGUGAAGCGAAAUAACAAAAAAAUAUUGUAAAAAUAGUGUUUGUAGCAGUAUUAUAAAUUUAUCGUAAGAAGUGAAGACGUUUGGUGGUGAUGACUGAUGAUGGAUUUUGUGAUGUAGGGUUAGAACUGACGUUAUAUCGUGUGUUUUAGUAUAAAUAAGUUCAAAUUGACAAAGCAAUGGCGGUGAUUAAUUUUAGCGUGUAUUUGGUGCUUAUAUUUUACCAGCUUUCAACAGCUCAUAGUGACGAGACUUCAUCGGAAUCUGCAGAUCUUGGUCUGAUGGAUCCGAAGCCUGUGGGCGACGUGGAGGGGGUGCGGUGCUACUGCAACACGGCGCAGUGCGUGGGCACUGGAUACAUGUGCAGGUCGCGGCGAGGCGGCGGCUGCUACAGCGAGAUGCCGGCGCUCCGGCGGACGCACCACGCACGGCACGGCUGCCUGCACCACUUGGCCGACACGGAGCAAGAGGCAUUAUCACGCUGUCAGAACAGUCCGUCCCCUGGCUCGCCGCCACCCGGUGAACACUCGCUGCUGCUGUGCUGCUUCAGAGACCUCUGCAACCACGAGGAUAGUCCCCUGGCUAGGGCUAGAUUAAACAUGACCAAUGAUCUUGAUCCAAACGGUGUAGCGACGGAGCGAGGGGCGACGUACAGUAGUGAAGUGUGGUUCAAAGCCGCCACCAUAGCGGUGCCGGUCUGCGGCGCCCUCAUACUGUUCCUGUUAGUAGCAGUUGCAGUGCGGCUACUUCGAGCUGAUGCCCUGCUACACGCAGAUAGAAAAUUGAGAGGUGGAUACAUGUCUCCAGCUCAGCACUGUUCAGAGGACGUAAAGAAAGUAUGGGUGGGGAACUCUACUGCGCCUCUCUUAGUGACGUCGGGGGGUUGCCUCGUAGCCGUUGAAAGGGCUCAAUUAAUCGAUGUACCCCCAACCACGCAACUCUGUGAUAUCCAGCGGUAAAUCCGCUGUACGAAAGCGCAAUCUCUUUGGCGAGCUGUACCGUGAAGUGACGAUUAUUUAUGGACUUGCUUAUUUUAGAACUUAUUGUGUGUAUGAAUAUGAGGCUUUUUAGUUCGUGGUCUUGAGCUCUGUCAUUUGUUAAUGCGAGCGCUAUAUUAUUGAAUUUCGAUCUUAAAGUAUACAUAUGCAAGCUAAGAGUAAGAAUAAGCAUACUUGGCUUAUGUAUGCUCUAAGAUUUCGAUAGAUGGCACUGUAGCUGUCUUAUUUGAUAGAAAUAGAGGGCGUUAAUAUAGCUCAAUUAUAACUUCACUAAAACGAGUUGUCUUCAACGACAUAAUCUACAUUAAUAUGAUAAUUAUAAGCGUUGCCAUUUCAAGGCACUCUACUAAGACUGAUUUUGAAACAGAUUAUAACUUUGUGCUAUUAAAUAUAACUUGUAAGAACUUUACACAUCGAUGGUUUUGUAUCACAGAAAAACACAAAAUGCGUUUUGAAGUUUAUAAUUGGAUACUAAAAUUAUUUUUAAUAUAAAAAAAUUAAGAUUCUAUGUAUGCAUUAUUUUAAUCGGCUUAUGUGAAAACAAAAUACAUCCAUGCACAUAGUCCCUAAAAAUCCUGUGAGGUAAUUAGUGCUCUAAUAGGUUUCCACGAAUGAAGAGAUUAAUUUAUUAGAAAAAAUCAAAAUUAAAGUAAAGCAAAUUUAAGAAACGGAAGAUGUACAGAACAUGAGGUUUAGCUACAAUUCUAUUAGCAAAUGGCGAAACAAAAACAUCACUAGAAUAUGUUAAUACAUAUAUUUAAAAAGUUGGAAUAAAAUCACGAUUAAUUAUUAGAUUAUUUAAAAAAUAAAAAUCAACUUCGAUUAUCAUCGAAUAUUUUUAAAUACUUGAAGAACUACCACGAAAGUGUACAGAUACUUAAAGAUAUUAUGUUACAUGAUAGUACAAGUCAACAAGGAAUCAUGUCAUUUUAGAAGUUGGUUAAAAAUAAGAAAAGAUCAAGGUGAGUUUUACAGUACAGACAACAUGACAAAAUAAUAUUAUUAUGUCUUUGUCAGUGACACUGUAUUAUAUAAAAAUAUUUUUCUUUUACUGUAAUAAAAUGUAUUUGUAAAUCAAAGUCAAAAGCAAAUUCAAUGAGUGGCGCGGUAUUUAUUGAAAAAUGUUUAUAAGGACUCAAUUUAAAAAAAAAACCUAAUACCAUAGACAAAACUAUGCAUUCUUUAAGUACCCACACAAAAUUUAAAAAUGGUUCACCAAGACGCCUAGCUAAUUAGGCAAAAAACGCAAACGGAUGAUCAGCUUUUUGUUAUUCUACAAUGUUUAAUUUAAAUUAAUAAGUAGAUGGAUACGAACGUUUUUUAAUUGGAAAUAAUUCUAAAUAAAUAGUCAAGUGAAUGAUGGUUUUAUAAGAAAUAUGAAAUGUAAUGUAAUUAUAACUGUGUUGUGAAUUUAGUAUAAAAUGGGGCAUACGAUAUCGCAUAAGUUGUUUUUUCUUAUUAGAAAAAAGGUGUGAUUUUAUUACAUUACAAAUAUAAGGCAAUUUUUUUUAUUAAACAUCAAUUACAAAAAAGUUUGUUGUGUAAAGUGCCCUUAAAAAUUGAAUCUUGUUAAAUUGAUCUCAGAAUUGUUGAAUCCAUCAUUUCACGGAUCAGCUCGCGGUAUACCAAAUCAAGCACAGUGUAUUUUUUAAUUAUUAUUAUUAUUAUUAUUUUAAUUUCAUAAGCGCUUUGUGUUCCUUUAUGUUAUAUGUAAAAUGUAACCUGUCUAUCAUGAGAAUUUUUUCUAAAGAGAGUGUAGCCUUAAAUCUAUUUACGACAGAACGCGAAACCAUGUUACCAUAACAUCACAGAAAAUAUUUUAGUUCUUUAAUUUAUACGGAAUGACACAUAUAUACCUAUUUAUUAGGGUUUGUCACCUCUUUUAUCCACCAUCGAAAUAAAUACGUAUAAUGCAUGUUUGUUAUAAAUGACAAAAGACAGAGGGGAGGCAGAGACUACGGACUUCCAUUUGGCACGAUCUUGACGCACCUCACUCGUCUUCUUUACAUCCAUACCCAUACCUACCUACACAUAGAUGCUCGUCGGUUAAGGGUACUACUAAUCUGGCCCAUUUUCAAUAAAUAUACUCAUCCACUUGCUCAACCAACUCCCCUUAUAUUUUUAUUUCACAUAUCGUUUUACUUUCUUACCUUUCAAAAACCAUCACUUUCGUCUUACUUGCGUUCACUUUCUUGGCGUUGAGUCGCUCGCGUCCGUAGGCUUCGACCACCUAACCCUAGGCCCACCCUACCCGUGGCCCCCGGGCGAUGCUAAACGAGCGACAAAGCCGAAAGAACAGACUCUGCUCCUCGUCGAAUGGUAGCGGCGUAAAAUCUAUCACCCCUAGUUCGCACCAUGAGGCAUAUUAUAAAAGAAAGUGAACGAAAUUUAUCAUUCUUAAUUAUUUAAAAUCAAACAAACAUUAAAACUUUACAAAUAAUUUCAAUUCAUCAUGAACAUAGCAAAUAGUUAUCAUACCUCUAAAUAUUAUCAUAUCAUAAUUAUUAAUCAUGUUCUAUAACAAAACGGUUGUGAGAUCAACGAAAUAUGACGUCACAAAAAGGUUGCUCUUUGGACUAAUUCUUUGAUAAAGAUACGAAUUUAUUUUUAACAUAAAUAUCUAUUUUGAAAAAUGUAUCAAAUAUCUAAAUAUAAAAAAAUUGAUACCCAUGAACAAACCAGGAUAUUUUUGUGCCAGAAAAAGUACAUAUUCACAAUAUGUGCGAAUGUACUAAUGAAGGCAUAGCUCUAAGCAUUAUGCAUUUUUCAACUUAUGUAAAUGAGCGUUAAUAUAAAUAUUAUAUUUGUAAAUAUAUUUUUGUUAAGUUGUUACCUGUUGUAAUAUGCAUGUAUAUUAAGCUACUAAAUAACGUCACCUAGUCUUUUAUAAUCUGAUAAUUUUAUUUUACUUUAAAUCAAUUGUAAUCGUUUCACUACAAUAAGAUAUAAAAAUAUUUUAUUCAAAUUUAAUUUUAAACAAAAUAUUAAAAAGUAAAUUUACUUUUUUAAACAAUCAAACAUACUUUUAAUUUUUGUUGUAAAUAAAUUAAUGUUCUAGUAACAUGUGAUUUAUGUAACAUUUUUAAAAAAAUCUGAUAAAAAGAAUAUAUACAAAUUAAAAAUUACAAUUGCACGAAUAACGUAGUUCAAUUGUUUCAACAUUCUAUUCAGUCAGGUUUUAAUUUAUUUGAUGGAUAACUUUUAUCUAAUGAUUAAAAAUCAAUUUUUAAAUCAAUUUAAAAAUUCUACUUAUAAAAAAACAAUAUGAAAAAUCUUGUAUUUUACUUUAUUAUCUACUUUUAAAAUAUUAUUAUUAUUUAUGUCUCGGAUAUACUUACGAAAUACGAGACUAGACAACAAUGUUUUUUUUUAAAUAUAACCAUGUACUCACGAUAUCACAGACUAAUUAUACAAAUAUCAAUUACUAUGGGCCUUACUCUGUAAAUACAUUCUAAUCUUAUUGUAUACACUAAGCUUCCUAAGGUGCCUUACCUUUGACUUUUUUAUCUGUAAAAACUAUACAACAAAAUGUAAUGUACACUAGGUGCAAGUUAAUAAUACUCCGUAAUGUUAGUGAUUAUACCUGCGGUUGUAAAUAUUAUGUAUAAAUAUGAACGAAUAAAAUGAAAUUAUUUUAUUACCUGU